AUUUGUUCCCUUCGAAGCAAUGUUUUACAUUUCCAAACGCUUCUCCUCUAAAUAAGUACUAAGUACCAUGAGUACCGCCAACAUAAUCACUCCGUAUAAUCAUGCGUUUUUCUCACUCACUAUCUCUUUCAAUCUUUUGUCUCCUAGUCACUAUAUGGACCGUCCGUUCCGUGCCACCACAACCACCGGUACGAUGCGACCAAACCGGCUGCACCGUCUCGAGCGCCUACGGCACGUGGCCUGACCGGAAAACCUGCAAGGCGGCUAACAUCACAUACCCGACGACGGAGGAGGAGCUUUGUAAAGCCGUGGCUUAUGCAUCUGAGCACAAUCUCAAGGUCAAAACCGUUACCAAGUUCUCUCACACCAUACCGAAACUCGCUUGCCCUUCCGGUUCAGACGCAAGGCUAAUCAGCACGUCAAAAUACAACUCGGUCAUCGAAAUCGAACCGGACCGGUUAACGGUUACGGCUGACUCGGGAGUUUCGUUGAGAGAGCUGAUCGAUAAAGUGGAAGCAGCUGGGUUUAGCAUUGGAACGUCACCGUAUUGGGAAGGAGUGAGUAUUGGUGGGCUUAUUAGUACUGGAUCCCACGGAAGCUCGUGGUCGGGACGAGGCGGUUCGGUUCACGAUCAUGUUGUCGGGAUCAGCCUUGUGGUUCCAGCGAAUUCAUCUGAACGUUACGCUAAAGUUAUUAGACUUGAAGAAGGAAGAGACGAUAAGCUUCUUAACGCCGUUAAAGUGUCAUUGGGUGUUUUAGGAGUAAUCUCAAAGGUGAAGCUUUCGAUAGAGAAAGCAUUCAAGAGAAGUAUCACGUAUAACUUCACAUCUGACGUAGCUCUUGAAGACAUUUUCAUGGAUCAUGGCAAGAAAUUCGAGUUCGGAGACAUAACUUGGUAUCCUUCUAGAAAAACCGCGGUUUACCGUUACGAUGUACGUUCACCGGUCAACGUCUCCGGCAACGGAGUCAACGAUUUCAUUGGUUUUCAGUCCAACCCUAUCUUGAUCUCUAAAGGGGUUCGAGCAUUAGAGAAGUCACUUGAAGCUAGUAAAAGCGAGAGUGGGAAGUGUAUGACGGCUGAUACUACGUUGGCUUACAAGAAAUUAACUGGGAACGGUUUAAAGAACAAUGGUUUACUCUUUACCGGGUAUCCGGUUAUCGGUAACCAAGGAAAGAUUCAGACAUCAGGGUCUUGUCUUUACUCAUCCUCCCUUAGAAUUGAUGUCUCAUGCUCUUGGGAUCCGAGAUACAAUGGUCUGUUCUUCUACGAGACAACUGCUAUAUUCCCAUUACCUCGGUUUAGAGACUUUAUCCUCGACGUGAAGAAGCUACGAGACAUGAAACCAGAAAGACUGUGCGGCAUCGACAUCUACAAUGGUAUCCUCAUACGUUUCAUCAAGGGCUCAAAGGCUUAUCUCGGCCAGGGAGAGGACUCUGUGGUCAUUGACUUUAACUAUUACCGAGCUGACGAUGUGUUGACCCCGAGGUUAAACCAAGAUGUGAUGGAGGAGAUGGAGCAGAUGGCGUUUUCCAAAUACGGGGCAAAGCCGCAUUGGGGGAAGAAUAGGAAAGUGGGUUUCUUUGGCGUGAAGCAAAAGUAUGGACCUAACUUUGACAAGUUCUUGGAAGUGAAGAACAAGUUAGAUCCUAAGAUGAUGUUUUCUAGUGAAUGGUCAGAUGAGAUUCUUUUUGGGAGAGAAGGUUUGAAGUAUGAUGGAUGUGCGCUUGAAGGGAACUGUGUGUGUUCAGAAGACAGGCAUUGUAGCCCUUCUAAUGGUUACUUUUGUAGACAAGGUCUUGUUUACACACAAGCUAGGGUUUGCAGAUUCUCCUCGGCUAAAGUUUCAAUGGCUUAAUUAAAAACUUGUUGUUUCCGGUGAUUAAAAGAUAAUAAGAAUAAAAAUUCAUUUUCAUUA